AUGAUUUUCUCCGAGAAUGAAGGAGAUGAUACCUCAAGUGUUGACAGUACUUCCAACACAGACAAUACCUCUCGAAGUGAGACACCCACCAAUACUAGAGUUAAAAAACGCAGAAGAGGAAAGAAACCAAAAACAGUAAAACCAGUUAAACCUCCUUAUAAGUUCAAUUGCAGUGCUAAAGAAGAUCAUGGCCAACCUUUAUUUGGAUGUCAGUUCAACCACAAUUUAGGUGAUGGGGAGCCCCAGAUUUUUGCCGUUGUUGGCAGCAACAGAGUGUCAAUAUAUGAAUGCCCAGAAUCUGGUGGUUUUAAAUUCCUACAAUGUUAUGCUGAUCCAGAUGUUGAUGAGACAUUCUAUACCUGCGCAUGGUCAUAUGAAGAAGAAACCAACCUGCCAUUGCUUGCCGUAGCUGGCUCUCGCGGUAUUGUACGAAUUUUUCAACCUGCUACACAGACUUGUAUUAAACACUAUAUAGGGCAUGGACAUGCCAUCAAUGAAGUAAAAUUUCAUCCUCGUGAUCCAAAUCUACUACUCUCAGCUAGCAAAGACCACGCUCUACGCCUUUGGAAUAUUAUGACCGAUGUCUGCAUAGCCAUAUUUGGGGGUGUAGAAGGGCAUCGAGAUGAAGUGCUUAGUGCAGACUUUGAUUUGAAAGGUGAACGGAUAAUGUCAUGUGGAAUGGAUCACUCGUUAAAGCUUUGGAGGUUAGAUAAACCAUCAAUGCAUGAAGCCAUUAAGCAGAGUUAUAGUUUUAACCCUCAUAGAGCACUGAGGCCAUUUAAUUCGUUAAAAGAACAUUUUCCAGACUUCUCCACACGAGAUAUACAUAGAAAUUAUGUAGACUGCGUGCGGUGGAUGGGGGAUCUCAUUUUAUCUAAGUCAUGUGAGAAUGCCAUAAUAUGUUGGAAGCCAGGUCGUUUAGAAGAAACUGAACUACGCCCAGGAGACAACUCGAUUACUAUUGUGCAUAGAUUUGACUAUAAGGAAUGUGAGAUAUGGUUCAUUCGGUUUGCUGUCGACUAUAGCCAAAGGGUAAUAGCGCUUGGUAACCAGUGUGGCAAGACAAUGGUGUGGGAAUUGGGCAAUGUUGCUGGAGGGUCGAAAGCCUCGCAACUCAUACAUCCACGAUGUGUUGCUGCAGUAAGACAGGUAACAUUUUCAAAAAAUGGAAAAGUUCUUCUCACUUGCUGUGACGAUGGCACAAUAUGGAGAUGGGAUCGAGUCAACAAUAACAACUAA